CUGUGUUUUCUAAGCGCUUUUUGUUGCACAACUUCUAAAUAACCGCCCGGUCGUCUGGAAACAAAACGAAUUUGUAAUAUAAUAUCUAUCAACAGCAAAUACAUUGUCCUGUUUAUACUCUAGUCGUGUAUGAGUUCACCGUGUGGUUUCCUUCAGGGAGUUGUAAACCGGAGCUCCCAUAGCGAAUUAUUUUUUUUUUUACUGACGCUCUUAUGUACCUUUGAUAACAGUGUUUAUUUAGUGAGCUAUGGUGAGCUACUGCGGUAAGAAAGAAACUAUGUUAAAAUCGAGUUUCUCAGGAGUGGCGUUUCAUUCAUUUGCAGUGGUGAAGGUGCUUUAUCUGUGUCUUCUCUGCUGUUAGGAAAUUCCCUCGGGAGAUACAGCGAGCCCAGUUGCUCGACAGACGUGCUGGAAACUCACGGGAAGCGGAGCGGCGGAAUCUACAGUCCUAUCAAUAUCUAGAUAAACCUAUAUUAUUCUUCCAGCGUGAGUUGUCUCAUUACUUGGCCUCACUUUCAACUGCGUUGGAAGAGAGGAGAUUUUAAUUUAGGGUCGGAAACUGGCCUGUUGAAAAGUCACAUUCCCUCAAUGGACCCCAGCAGCGCCGCGGUGCGGGACCCCCGGGAUGUGCUGCUGCUCGGCGAGGGCAACUUCUCCUUCGCUGCCGCCCUGUGCCAGGCCGGCGGGGGCAGCCCCAGGGUCACCGCCACCUGCUACCAGGCCGAGGAGGCGGUCCUGCAGCAGGAGGGCGCGGAGGAGAACAUCCAGCUCCUCCGAGAGCAUGGGGCGGAGGUGCAUUUCGCAGUGGACAGCACCCGGCUGGGGGAGUGCCCGGCGCUGGCGGGGCAGCUCUUCGACCACAUCAUCUUCAACUUCCCCCACUGCGGCAGGAAGGCGGGCGUGAAGAGGAACCGCAGCCUGCUGGCCAAGUUCUUCCUCAGCUGUGCCCAGGUGCUGAAGGACAGCGGCGAGGUCCACGUGACUCUGUGCAACGGGCAGGGGGGCACGCCCGCGGACCAGCCAAUGAGAGAGUGGCACAACAGCUGGCAGGCCGUCGCCAUGGCCGCGGAGGCGGGAUUCAUCCUCAGCGAGAUCCGCCCCUUCGACGGCGCCAAGUACCACGGUUACAGGAGCACGGGCUACAGGAGCCAGGACAAAACUUUCCACGCGGAGGGGGCCCUGACCCACGUCUUCACUCGCAGCCUGCCCUGCGCCCCCCCGGAGAGCGUGCAGGCCGAAGCGAGGCUGGCCAGGGGCAGCGUUGGCUUUGAGGUGCCCGAGGAGCUGAGCCACAGCUUCGGCAGGUACUGGAGUCGGGAACGGGCUGGGGGCCCCAGCUGGCCCCCGACUCCCACGCUGCGCGGGGUCUCUGCACCGCGUUUCAGAAAAUAAACUUCACAGAGCAUCUGAACGUUUGGAUGAAAAAGUAAAAUCUGUUUUCCCUAAAACCACACUGUUGCAUUCAGAGUCGGUGAUAUUGGAAUCAGGUCUUUGUUAGGUUUCCAGGUGGGUAGGAAACCAUAGAUCACUUGUCAAAACCUUUAUGGACAGUAGUGAUUAGACACUCAACAUGCUGGUUCUGUUGACCUGCAAGUCUUCCUUCAAUCUUUUAAAUUGAUCGCUAUAAUGGGUAUUUAACAGGGGAAGUGCUACAAUCUGCACAAAGCUCCGUCCUUCGGAUGAGACGUAAAACCGAGGUCCUG